AUGAGUGUUAGGUUCAGCUCGAUGUUUGGUCAACCAGUCCAUACCAAUGACUACAUUAAAGCUACCAAGGUUGCCAUCAUUCCUGGCGUCACCCGCGCCAAUUGUUUUGAAGUCUCUGCUGGUGGUUACACAACAUUGGCUGCACUUGCAUUCAAGAAUACUUUUAAGGCUAGAGCUUCUCUAUAUGGUAUAGCGGACUUGAAGUUGCUGAAAGAAGAAACUCACAAAUUUGAGUCCCAUGACUUGGAUAAUAUUGUUGGUAAUUAUUAUUUUGAGAGAUCACCUAUCAAUUUUGUUGAUUACUUUUCUUGCCUUAUAAUCCUCUUUCGAGGAUUGGAAGAUAAAGUUGUACCCCCUGAUCAAGCAAGAAAAAUAUAUCAAGCAUUAAAAUCAAAAGGAUUACCUGUUGCGUUGGUUGAGUACGAAGGGGAGCAGCAUGGUUUUCGCAAGGCCGAAAACAUUAAAUUCACACUCGAACAACAAGUGGUGGUUUUCGCACGUUUAGUGGGACACUUUAAGGUUGUAGACGCAAUUGUUCCCGUCAAGAUUGAUAACUUCUGUUAG